AGAGAUAAAACACUAUUGCAAGGAGUUGUGCAGUGCAGUGAAAACAAAAAUGGCAUGAAAUGUUUUUCUUAGGGCCUUUCCAGUGAAUUGUGAAGUGAAACCAAAUGGAUAAUCUGAUAUACAUAUGAGGAGUCAGUCAGAUGUAAAGGGAGAAGAGAAGUACUCUUAAAAAAUCACUGGGACUUCUCAAGAGGCUUGCUUUCAAGCUAUGAUCUUCAGAUAAAAAGGUUCAAGGGAGAGUAUGCUAAAUGGAUAGCCCUCAGAAAUGCUUUUGGAUGACAUUGAGUUUCCUGGGUUUUUUAACAGAUCCUGGGUUUAGCUCUUCCAUCAUAGAAGGUCCCAGCAAUUUUACAGCACUUGUUGGUAUGGAUGCCUAUUUUCACUGUACAGUAUCAGAAGGCUGGCAAAUUUUAAUAUGGCUUUUUGAAGGACAGCCUGUACUGUCUGUUACUUAUCCUGGAAAGGUAAUAAUAACAGAUAAGAGCUACAAUCAACAAGGGUACAACAAAAGUACUGAGUUUACCUCAGAGUUGACAAUAUACAAUGUUCAGCUGAAUAAUUCUGGAAGAAUCGAAUGCAGCAUCCAGACAAUGGGUGGCAAUCAGUAUGCAUUUCUUUCUGUUCAAGUUAAUGGGUCUUUGAGUAUCAAAGAUCACAUCUUGAUGGUAAGAGAGAACCAAACAAUUGAAAUAGUUUGUGAAGCUGUUGGAUGGAAUCCUGCUCCACACAUUAUCUGGAUGGUAAAUAAUAUUACAGUAGAUAAUUCAGAUUAUAUAACCAACCAUUGUCAAGGAUCUAAUGGCCUGUACAAUGAAGAGAGCAUCUUGACCCUGACUCCACCGACCAAUUCCAUUGUGAUUUGCUUAGCUUCUAUAUUUGUGCUCUCUAAACCUCAAAGUGCAACUAUAACUCUUGUUGUAUAUCCUCCUCCAAUAGAAUCUGACAUAAAUGAAGAUGAUGGACGCAUCCGGACUAUAAUAUUAGCAGUCGUAUUGUCUGUUGUUGGUUUUCUUCUGCUGAUCAUUAUUAUUUUUCUUAUUGUGUGCUGCUGCAGAAGAAAGAAAGAGUCCAGCUACCAGAAGGAGAUGCGAAAGGUUUCAGUAAAACAGAAUGUCACUGAUCAAAAUUUGGAAACGAUUGACAGUGGAAAUGAAAAUUAUGGAUACAGUCCAGAGGAACAGGAACACACAAAACAAAUACCAAGACAUCAUUCUUUCUCCCCAGUUGACUCAAGUUUUUUUGGUCUGGAACAAGAUUUAGAAGUGGGUUCUGUGUCAGAGGUCCCUUAUGGUGGUAAUUAUGACAGAGUUCUUCCUUCAAGAGCUGCUGCUUACCCAAUCAAUCCAAGAAAAAUCAGAAAUGUGACACUUGUAUAGGAAAGACCUUUCUCAGGUCUUUGAGUACCAUUUCUCUCCAAAGCACUGUUUAUUGCCAUUUAUUUCCUAUGUUGCUGAUGUUUGGGGUAGUCAAAGACUCAACAACUUUACAACAGCUGUGUUUUCCAUUGUUUUACCCCCCCCCCCAAAAAAAUAUGUAAGUAUCAUUCACUGAGGACUACAAAGAUUAUUUAAUUAAAAUCUGGUGCUUGCUACCAUUUGUCCACAGCUCUGAAAAUAAAAACAGUAGAUACUUUUUGAAAUA